ACAAACUAAGAACUAAUAAUCACCUUAUUAGUUGUGUGAAAUGGCAUCCAACAAGGGCACUGUUGCAUUUGCUCUAUUCCUUUGUCUCAACAUGCUUUCCUACACUAUGGUGAGGUCCACCUACAUCCCUGUGAUCCCAGACCCAUCGGUGCCCUACCAAAAGGGUACAUGUCCUAUAGAUGCACUCAAGUUGGGUGUGUGUGCCAAAGUGUUGAACUUGGUCAAUGUUAAAUUAGGGUCACCACCAACCCUACCUUGUUGCAACCUCAUUCGUGGUCUUGCUGAUCUUGAAGUUGCUGCUUGCCUUUGCACUGCUCUCAAAGCUAACGUCCUUGGCAUCAACCUUAACGUUCCCAUUUCCUUGAGUGUUAUUCUCAACAACUGUGGAAGGAAUGACACCUCUUUCCAGUGCCCUCCUUGAAUUCAUCACAAUUCCACAUCAUGUCUUUUCUCAUAUAUAUUUCGCAUCUCUUUAUGCUUUCUUUUCUCUUUUCAUCAAUUCAUGUUCUGAUCCUAAUUUCUCACUCUCAUGCCUUAACCACUGUUCUACUAUUGGACGAAGGAUUACUCAUCAUUCAUCAUCAUCCUCGUCACCAUCUUUCGUUGCAUGUGUAAAACCAGUGGUACCAAUAAAAUUACGUCAUUCUUAUAUAUUUCCAGAAGACAUUUGUCAUUUUAAGAAAAAUACAUAUAUAUUUCUUUAAGUAGAUUACACUCACAUUCAUGAGA